ACCAGAGAUGUUGAUGCAUAUGACAGAUAGAGUCAAAGCGUGCAUGCCCUGCUCUGGUAGUAGCACGUGGGGAUUAAUAGUUUCACUUUCUUCAGAUCCAUCAUCAUCCUCCCGGCUGCCACCGCCACAACUACCCUUUGACUCCAUGACACGCAAUCACUCAAGCUUUAUCUAAAAUUUUCCGUUUUCAUUUUCCCCAAUUACAAACAUCUAAAAAUGACUAUGUCGGCGAUCAUCCACUUUCAAUCGCACAACACCGUCGUUCCUACCCCUCUCCAAAUGGCAUCGCCAUCAUCCGCCGCCCUCCGCCGCGUCUGCUUUCAACUUCCCUUCCGCCGUCUUCCUCCGUUGCCAUCGCUUCGGUUGACAUCGGUUGUUAGAGUUAGGGCUUUCUCUUCUGAUGAGACGGAGCCCGAGAUCUCAAUCAGUGGCGAGAAGGUUUCUAAUAAGCCUCCGAUUUGUACUGCUGACGAGCUACACUAUGUUUCUGUCAAUAAUUCCGACUGGAGACUUGCUUUAUGGAGAUACCAUCCUUCUCCGCAGGCUAAAUCGAGAAAGCAUCCACUAUUGUUGUUAUCAGGGGUGGGAACAAAUGCGAUCGGGUACGAUCUCUCACCUGAGUCUUCAUUUGCUCGAUACAUGUGUGAACAAGGAUUCGACACCUGGAUUCUCGAGGUUCGAGGAGCCGGCUUAAGCAUGCACGGGUCCCACCCCAAAGACAUUGAACAGUCAGCACACGCAAUAUCCAACCAGAUGGAAGCCGUUGCUGUUUCCGGAGCAGAAACCGUUAUAUCCGCAUCACAGUCUUCAUCUAACAAUACAAAGGAAUCACCGAUUCCACUGGAAUCAGAGAUUCCAGUGGAAUUACCAACCGUCUGGGAGGAAUCAAUACUUGUCACUAAGUUAACCGAAACCCUCAUAAACCUUUCAGAUAGAGUAUCCGGCUUCCUAAGUGAAGGUCAAUCAAGACUAAUCUCUGCUAAAUUAUUUGACCAAUUUUCAAAACUCAUAGGCGAUUCUUUCCUAGCAGAACGUUUUAACGAAAUAAAGAAAAACAUUUUAGGUUUAUUGGAAUUAAAACAAACCUCAAGUGUUGCAAGUCAAAUACAAGACCUGAGUCAAAAACUAAUCAAUAUUAUUGAAGAAGGUCAACGUUCUAUUUCACCACCAUUAUUUGACCUUCAAGAACGUUUGACCACAACCAUGGAAGACUUCCAGAAACAAUUGGACAUGAUUGUCAAAUAUGAUUGGGACUUCGAUCAUUACCUUGAAGAAGACGUUCCUGCUGCGAUGGAAUAUAUAAAAGCGCAUACUAAACCGGAAGAUGGUAAAUUAGUUGCUGUAGGACACUCCAUGGGUGGCAUUUUGCUAUAUUCCAUGCUAUCACGAUUCGGUGCUGAAGGAAGAGAACCAGGGUUGGCUGCGAUUGUUACUUUGGCAUCUUCACUUGAUUACACUUCUUCAAAAUCAACACUAAAGUUACUGGUACCACUUGCGGACCCCGCACAGGUGCUGAAUGUGCCUAUUGUUCCUUUAGGAGCAAUGUUAACAGCUGCAUAUCCUCUAACAUCGCGUCCUCCUUAUGUUUUAUCAUGGCUUAAUCAUAUGAUAUCAGCACAAGACAUGAUGCAUCCAGAGUUAUUGAAAAAGCUAGUAUUAAACAAUUUCUGUACAAUACCUGCUAAACUGUUGUUGCAGCUGACAUCAGCAUUUCGUGAGGGUGGUUUGUGUGACAGAAGUGGGAAAUUUUUUUAUAAAGAUCAUAUUCAUAAAAUCAAUGUUCCUGUGUUGGCCAUUGCAGGGGAUCGAGAUGCCAUAUGCCCCCCUGAAGCUGUACAGGAAACAGCGAAGCUGAUUCCUGAGGGGUUGGUUAGUUAUAAACUAUUUGGUGAACCGGAUGGCCCACAUUAUGCGCAUUAUGAUUUGGUUGGAGGGCGAUUGGCGGUUAAUGAAGUGUAUCCAUGUGUUGUGGAAUUUCUGAGUAGUUAUGAUGAAAUUGAAAAAUGAUAUUAUUAUGAAGGAAAUGAAGGAAGGUUUAUUGAGUGAAGGAAGAUCGAAGAAACAUAUCAUAUGGUUGUCCAGAAUGUAGAUAGAUAGUUUGUGAAUGAAAAAUAUAUAGUAAGAUCGAUGUUGUAUCAUAAUUCAUGCGAAAAAUAUUGUACAAGUUAAUUAAUCUGUCAAGCAAAAGUGUUGUUUUAAUUUAAACUAGAAUUGUUUAUUUGGAGAAAUCAAUUUGUUGAUGAUGAAUGAGUUGAGUA